ACGGGAUUAAGAAAGAUGCACAGAUCAUUAUAAGCGAGAUCAUCUAUCUGAGAUUACUAUUAUGCAAUUAUGCAGCGCACUUUCACCUCAACAGGACUUCAGAUUGUCGUUCUGCGCGUCAUCCUCUCCUUCACGAUACUCAACCUGCAGGAAAACAAUAUAUUUCGUUCACACCGCCCUCAUCUUGUCUGGCCAGGCAAGUUCUAAGAGAGCGGUGAGCCGCAGAGCUUACGCUUUUCAGUAAGCACAUGGGAGGAGAGACGGCCUGGCAGGAGAAACUGGACUUUACUCUCUAAUUCGUAGCUCGCAGUUGUAAUCCCUAGUUGGCUGGGAUCUUUCCGAUCCACUGUGCACCGCCAUGCAGCGGUCCGUUCCAUAUCAACAUCCUAUCAGUGGUGAGUCCGCUCUUCAGGAGACAGGCGAUGACUUCAACAGAUCCAGCGCAGCCCGCCGGUCGAAGAACUCUGAUUUGAGUGCUGGUCUACUGUCUAAGACUCUAAUAGACACUAAAGGCUUUCAAAAGGCUCAAUUGACUCGAGUCUGGUGAAACCGUCUCAGUCUCAACUUGACUGAAAACUUGCUCUUUGGGAUCAGAGUUCAAAGACGAGGACAAAACACCUGCAGCCUGUAGACGGAUAACUCCGUACUCCAUAGCUAAUGCACUAUCGUUCCAAACGACUCUAACAACUGAAACACCAUC